AUGGAAGUGGGAGCAGUGGACCCUUACACAACAAAUCCAGGUCCAAUUGAUGGUUCAGUUCUAUAUGAUCAAGACAAGCAUGUAUCAUCGGCAGUUUGGGAAGGGCAGCAGGAGCGCGGUGCCCUCAGAUGUCACGAACACACUUCAAAACUUGAUCAGUGGACACUUACACCGAAACAGAUUGAAUUGGUAGACAAGGAUGGAUUUGGAUACUUACGGUCAAUUCCAGCUAUUAGUCUAGACAAUCCACUUAUCUCUGCUCUAGUUGAAAGAAACGAGAAAGUUCGAGACCAAACACACGAACGCAUUGGCAAUAUUCCUGUAUAUAUUAUAUAA